ACACACAAUAGUUUCCUGUAAGGAGCAGAACAAUAACACAUAGUCUGUACUUAAUGUGAAACAGUACACUUGACUUAUUUGUAAGGAUUUACGACAGGCAGGCGCCCUUUCGCUAUCUUAGUUGCUUUAAAGAGCUCACAGAGACGCGUUAUGGCAGAUAUUUUAAGGGAACGCGUUCAUGACGCAUACGCGCGUCACGAUGACGAGCAAAUAUAAAGAUUAACGCGUCUGCGCGCGGCGGACCGAAGGCGGAGGUUCCUGCGCGCGCCUGCCGUUGCCAUGACAGCACAGUUAGUAAACUCCCCCGUUACCGCGCUGCAGCAGGGCGCGUGACGCUCCGUGACGCGUCGCGCGCGCUGCUCGUGCGGACCGACCGAGAGGAUCAGAGGAACCGAGCCGCGGCGCGAUGGGAACCUUCCGGAGCGCGGAGCUCUGUCUGGAUGAGGAAGAGGAAGAGGAGAAAAAGCGCCGGGAAGUUGAGCGUCUUCCUCCUCUGCUCGAGGACGAGGAGAACGUGUCUCUGGCUGACGUUGUGUGUCUGCGGGACGGUGGGCGCUCGGAGCAGGAGCUGUGGGCGGUGUGUGUGGAGUGUGUUCGUUCUCUCCAGAGCGUCGCCCUCUCGCCGCUCUUUCACACCCUCUGCGUGACGCCCGAUACGCUGGCCUUCAACGCUCACGGUAAUGUGUGCUUCAUGGAGCAGCUCAGCGACGAUCCCGAAGGCUGUUUCGUUCCUCCAGAGCUGGAUAAGACCGGAAGCACGUUUGAGGGUCACAUGUUCUCAUUAGGCUCCACCCUGUGGGCGGCGCUGGACUCUGUGGAGGCGGAGCUGAGUGAAGAGAGCAGGUGUUUUCUGAAGCAGAUGCAGCGAGAGAAAGCUGAAGAUCGACCAGGACUCCAGGACGUUCUCUCUCGGGCGGAGGCUGUGCUCGGAGACGUCUCGUCCGCAUCCGUCUGCCGCAAGCUGUCUGCCAUCGGCCGAAGAGUCCUGUCCAUCGAGUCCAUCGCUGCUCUGCAAGAUGGAUGGGAGAGAUCCGAUCUUCAGUUUAUGGAUCACAAGGCCUGGAGAUCAAACUCCACGGAGAAUCCCGCCGGCGAUCGCAGCAUGAUUCGAAACUACUCUGCUGAUUCGUACGACGGCGAGGAUCUGCUGCUGAGACGCAGGGGUCAGCUCUGUAACGGCUCCCCGUGGUCCGGAGGUUCGGACAGCAGGUCUCAGAACAGUUCUCCGGUACACAGGAGGAGUCAGGAGAGGAGGCCCGGGAGAGCCGGGAGAGCCCUGAACCGUUCCUGCUCGGUGCCGGACUCCAACAACCCCCCGGCCCUCAGCCCGCCGUCCCACGCUCCCAUCAGCACGAUGAUGGCCGACCUGUCCGACAUCACGGAGGAGGAGAGCUGGAGCGGCAGACUGAGACGGCCCAGAGCCAGGGAGGACCAGGACUCCACGGCUGAACCCGACGCAUGCGAGACGGACCAGAGCCAAGCUGUAGACACGAACCAGUACAAAUCCAACCACUUCAACAAAACUGUGCUGUGCCUGAAUGAGGAAUCUCACAAUCAGUGGAUCUCUUUGCGCGAGCUGCUCUCGUGUUCUGGUCAGCCGUUCUCGGUCAGUGAGCUCUGGGCUUUAUGCUACACGUGUCUCUCCACGCUACAGACAUAUAUCGACCUCCCAGACUAUCUGUGUCUGGACUCUGUGUACGUGGGACGUGAAGGAGAGAUGCUGUUUCUGAGACCCAAAAACUCAGCCUCCUGCGAUGCAUUUUUCCUGGCUCCUGAGUUUCAGGAACACGGGAUCGUGACGGAAAAGGUUUGUCGCUGUCUAGUAGUUGUGGCGUGUUCGGAGGAAGGUGAUUUCGAGUGUGUUUCUGCUCGUCUCCAGGCGUGUGUGUACGGCGUAGCGGCUGUCCUCUGGGCUACAGCCAAGUUUCAUUUGUCUCCCGGACAAAAGCUGGCCAUGCCCAGAAAGCUCAAGAGACUUCUGCUUGAGAUGGCCAAACGGACUCCGAUUGAAAGACCUUCUAUUGAAAUGGCGAAAAAGGCGUGCCGCGAGUACCUCUCCCGUCAGGGAACGAACGCCGAGAGCGUCUGGACGCAGAUCAUCAGCCGAGUUCACCAGGCAUUGGAUGGGAAUAGAGAUACAGAGGAAUCAUCUUCUCCUGAGUCUGAGCCACACUUGGGAGAAGUUCAGACAGGUUUCGUGCCGUUGGCCGGCGAGGGCCGUUUGGAGCCUGUAGCUGGUCCAGUUCCUCAUCAUUACCCAGAAUCCUCCAGCAGCGUCAGACUGCUUUAUAAAAGGCCUUCAUCUGUCUAUUUGACACACAUUUCACUGACUUUUUCUGAAUUGUUUUCGGUCAGAGGAGGCUCUGUUGAAGCAGAUGAGCAGGACGAGAGCGGCGCUGAGGAUGAUGGGACGGUUUAUUCAUCAUCAUCCAGCCAUAAGACUCCAGCGACUCCACAGAAAACCCAUCAAGAAACAGACGGCCAGCCUCCCUUCCCUGCCUUGUCUUGUUCUAAUGGGGCUCGCAACAACUUCCUGCUGCAGCAAGACCCGCUGACGGGAAGUCUGACCCUACUUCCUGUUCAGAUCGCCGUGCUUCAGCCAAUCACAGGCCCGGAUCACGCAGCUCCUGCUGACGCUGGGAAUGAAAGCGUGUUUGUGAGCCGCAGAGACUGUCUGCAGAACAUCAUGGAGCUCCUCAGAGAACAGGGCGCCUCUGAUGAUAGUCAUCAAGUCCAACAUCUAGCUAUGGGUGAAUACAUCUUCUCUUUAGAAACGCUCCGGUUUGAGACCUUUUGUCGAGCGAUAACGGAGAAGUUCAGGGCUCUGUUCUGGGACGAGAAGCUUCUGCGGGACCUGCACCGUCUGAUCAAUCAGGGUUCAUGCCCACGCGUCUCUGAUGAUCAGUCCUCCUCAAAGGCAGUGGAAAGCGCCAGACAGCGUCCGUCCAGCGAGGAAAACACGGCUCUUGACCACAAUGCAAACCUCUGGCCUUCGCAGCUGAACGAGAUGAAGAAAGAAGAGGAACCGAACGAGUUUAAAGACGGAGCAGAGAAACAAAACACGGAGGAGACGCGCUGGAGACGGGACCCACAGGAAGUGACAUCAGAGGAUGACAGCAAAGAGCUGAUGGAUCUGCUGGCUCCAGACGGUGGUGCUGCUGAAGCUCCUGACCGCUCGGAGCCGGACGCAGAUGACUGUGACUCAGUGAUGUCUGAGCGGACGCUCUCAGGCUGCAGCGGCCCUCGGCGGGCCCCGGGCCGCUCCUGGGCUCUGGCUCUGUACGGGGACGAGUGCUUCGGUCCGGACGUGCUGGAGUACACACAGAAGCUGAGCGGUCACAGCCAGACGCCCACGCUGGAGGACAAGUCACAGGACCCUCAUUUCAUAGAGCCUGAGUUUUUCCAGGAGCUUCACCAGCAGCUGAUUAUCGAGAGCAGAAAUCUGAAAAAGACCAGCAUGUUCUACCACAAGCUGAUUCAGCAAGAGAGGAAAAAUAAAGGUUCAGACACGAAGGCGAUGGCGUCUAAAGUCAAGCUGCAGUUUGACGAACUCAGAGAAAAAGUGGAAUUUCUGCAGUCUGUCCAGAAAUAUCUCCAGGUGUUGUCUGUGGAUCAGUGGGGUUUAGCGCUCUCUCUGCUGCCCUCUCUGGCUGUGUGUGGAGCUGUGUCUCUGGAGCUGCAGCACUCGGACGAUCCUGCUCUUCUGCACAUUCUUUGUGAGCAGCGCCGGGGCAAAGGCUGCCCGCUAGUGACCGCCACAGCAAGAGGCUUCAUGGCCUACCUGUACGCCAGGAAUGCUCACAUCGAGGGGUUUAUUCGGCAGUUUUUCUACACGUACCGCUACUUCUGCACCCCAGAGGAGCUUCUGCAAUUUCUCAUGGACACAUUCAACAGCACACUGGGAGCGGGUGAAGAUCCCUCGUCAGACCGAGCUAAAGUCUAUCAGCGCACUCUGGAUUUAUUACACUUCUGGAUUGAAGACGCUCAGUUAGUGGACUUCAGCUCCAGCCUUCUGCAGACGCUCCACGCUUUCCUGACCACGCAGGUGUCUCCGGUGGACGGUCGAGGAGAGAGUUUGCUCUCGGCGCUGCAGAGCUCGCCCUGCAGGAGACACGUCUGUGACCCGUCGUGUGUGUUUGACCCCUCCAUCAGCGACCGGAAGCUCUCCGUCAGCUCGCCCGCAGAAGAUACUGCUCCAAAGGGUUUCCAGCCUCAGACGCUCCCGAGCAAAGACAAGGUCUUCUCCAUCGCUGCGGCUCUUCCUCGGCCGUGUUACGCCUCUCUGAUGAGUCUGAGAUCAGACGAGAGACGUCCCUUCAGUCAGAGCGAACACACAGCGCUGAGCAUCGGCCAGCAGCUCACCUUACUGGAGCAGGAAAUCUUUCAGGACUGUCAUCCGGUUCACUUCCUGAACUCAAGAGCUCAUGGAGUGACAGAAAACUCUGGAAACAUAUCCAGGUGUGUGUCUCCGCUCUCCUCGCCUCUAGAGGGCAGCGACGCGUCCGGGCCCCAGGGGCCCCUGCAGAGGCUCCUCACGCACGCAGACUGUGUCUCCAACUGGGUUUCUGCUGAAGUCGUGGUCUGUGACUCGGCCAAGGCCCAGGCGUCUUUGCUCGCCCGCUUUCUCGCCGUUGGCAAGUUCUGCUACGAGACGAGGAACUUCUCCACAGCCAUGCAGAUUCUGUCAGGCCUGGAGAACGUGAUUGUGAGGCAAUUACCGGCCUGGAAGCAUCUCUCUCUGAAGGUGUGUGAGGUUCUGGAGGAGCUCAGGGCUGUGCAGGUGUUUCUGAAGAGUGACAGUCUGUGUCUGAUGGAGGGAGAGAAGGGCAGAAGACGGCCGACUCUCCCAGACGCUCAGAUCCUGGCCUUACACGUCCAGCAGCUGGAGAUCGGAGCGUUUACCGUGACCAGCGGAGCCUACAAGUGGCCCAAACUCAGGAACAUUGCGCGUGUGGUCAGUCAGGUCCACGCCUUUCAGGAGCGUCUCUAUUCCUACCCUCCUGACCUUGAGCUGCAGUCGUAUCUGCGUGGGAGAAUCGCUCGCUCCGGCAGAUGUGACAUCCUGCUCCUCGCCUCCGACAACCACAUCAACUUCAGCCAGACGCCCGCAGCUCGCCGGAUCCACGACACGCUGCGCCGCGUCAAAGCGUCUUUCCAGUGACCAGAACAGAUGUGCAACGAGCCAGAGCUGCAGUGACCGAGAGAGCGGCGCGCUGGAACUUGAGGAAAAAAAACAGAUAGAAAAAAACCACCUGCACACUAUGAAAACAUCUUAAUCUGUUUGACAGCACGCGUACUGCAAGUAAACACUGCACAAACAAACAGGCUGCAAAUACACGCCACAGAAACAAAUACUCACCACGCAAACAAAUACUUCAGAAACAGAAACAUGUUGAAAAUACUCACAAAACAAAGAAAUACAAACACGCUGAAAAAACAAAUACUCACAGCGCAAACAAACACCCUCAAAAACAGAAACACACGGCAAAUACAUACAAAAUAAACAAAUGCAAAAACAGAAAUGUGCAGAAAAUCCAACACAAACACGCUGCAAAUACUCACCACAGAACAAAUACUCACCGCGCAAACAAAUACAAACAUGCUGAAAAUACUCAAUAUACAAACAAAUACUCACAACACAAACAAAUAGACUCU